AUGGUAGCUUGGGCAGCUUUAGGCGCAAUGGGAACAAAAGCAUUAGCAUUUGGAGCAAAAGCACUUGGAGCUUAUGACGCAGUAAAUAAAAUGAGUGGAGGAAGGUUUUCGAAGACAUUAGAUGCAAAUAAAGGGAAGAUUGGAGGCUGGGUUGCAAAGAAGUUAAGAUUAAAUAAAAUAGGGCUCAUAAAUAAAGCAUCCAAUUUGGUUGCGACUGAGUCAGAAAAUGCUUUAGGAAAGGACGAUGAGUUUGCAAAACACGCAAAAGACUUUAAUGACUAG